UACUCUUCUUUUUCCCAAUUUACAGAUUUGCUUGAAGUCAAUAUUGGGUGUUUCUGGCUAUAACAUGGACUGCAUGGAAGCUUCUGAGAAUUGUUUGAAUCCACUCAGAUCGAUGACAAUUUAUCUCAAACAAGUGGGUUUGAGACUCUGGUGUGGCUUUUGAGGUAGUUGGAGGUUCUGCUUCAUUUUUUUUUCAGUUGCUGCUGAGUUGCAGGCUUUUUACCCAGAUGGGUCUUGGUUUAUUCGGUUCCAUUCUGGUUUUUGCCCUCUUCUGCAGGCAAAUUGUUUGUCAGAAACCCAAUACAGAUGGGUUCUACAUCUACGAUUUCUUGCAGAAAACGGGUGUAAUAUCUUCAGAAGCUAACAAUAUCUCUGCUUCUGUUUGUUCAUGGCAAUGGGUCUUCUGUGAUUACCAUCAAGAAAAUGUCAUUGGGUUAGUGGCCUCUGAUUUGGGCAUCUCUGGUUUCAUCCCUGAUAACACUAUUGGAAAGCUCAGCAAGCUUGAAUCUUUGGAUCUGAGCAACAACAAAAUCACUGGAUUGUCUUCUGAUUUCUGGGGUUUAGGGAGUAAUCUGAAGACUCUUAACCUCUCGUAUAACCAGAUUUCUGGGUCCAUUCCUAGUAAUGUCGGCAACUUCGGGGCACUACAAAGCCUCGACCUUUCCUUCAACAGCUUCUCCGGCGAGCUGCCUGCAUCUGUCAGCUCUCUAUUGAGCCUUCAGGUUCUCAAAAUUGAUCGAAAUCAGUUCAUUGGUAGCAUUCCUUCUGGGUUUCUGAACUGCCAAUCGCUGGUCUCUAUUGACCUUUCAUUCAAUCUGCUGAAUGGAACUCUUCCAUAUGGUUUUGGUUCUGCUUUUCCAAAGCUCAAAACUUUGAACCUUGCUGGAAAUGAGAUUCAUGGCAGGUCUGAGGAUUUUGUUGGGCUCCAAUCAAUCACUUAUCUUAAUAUUUCUGGGAACCUGUUUCAGGGUUCUGUGAUGAAUGUGUUUCACGAGCCACUAAAAGUUAUCGACCUUAGUCAGAAUCAAUUUGAAGGACAAAUCUCCCAGGUACACUCCAAUUCCAGCUUCAACUGGUCUCGUUUGGUUUUUCUUGACAUGUCUGCAAAUAAAUUCAGCGGAACCUUCUUCCAGGAUUUGAAUAAAGCCCAAAAUCUCAGGCACCUUAAUCUUGCAUACAAUAGGUUUUCCAACCAAGAAUUCCCACAAAUUGAAAAGUUACCUGCUCUAGAGUAUCUUAAUCUGUCCCAAACUGGUCUGACAGGGAGCAUUCCCCCUGCAAUCUCACAAUUGGGUAGCUUACGUACCCUAGAUCUUUCUGGAAACCAUCUCACUGGUCGAAUUACUUAUCUUGACAUCUACAAUCUGCAAGUUCUUGAUGUCUCACAGAACAAUUUAACUGGGGAAAUCCCAUAUUCUAUACUGCUGAAACUACCCAAGAUGCAAAAUUUCAACUUCUCUUACAACAACUUUACCCUCUGCGCUUCGCAAUUCUCUCCUGAGACCCUUGAGUCUGCAUUCAUUGGAUCACUAAACAGCUGCCCCAUUGCUGCAAACCCAAAUCUCUUCAGAAGAAAAACCACCACACAUAAUGGACUUAAGCUUGCUCUAGCUAUAUCCCUUGCCCUUGUCUGUUUGCUGGUAGGGUUGCUCUGCCUAGCCUUCGGGUGUAGAAGGAAAUCUAGAAUGUGGGUAGUUAAGCAACAGUCAUACAAAGAAGAUCAGAACAUCUCCGGUCCAUUCUCGUUUCAGACUGAUUCAACUACUUGGGUUGCUGAUGUAAAGGUUGCGACAUCAGUCCCCGUAGUAAUUUUUGAGAAACCUUUGCUGAACUUCACCUUUGCAGACCUCUUAUCCGCAACUUCAAAUUUUGAUAGGGGAACUCUGUUGGCAGAAGGGAGAUUUGGGCCUGUUUAUAGAGGACUCCUACCUGGAGGUAUCCAUGUAGCUGUAAAGGUUUUGGUACAUGGAUCCACCAUGACUGACCAAGAAACUGCAAGGGAGUUCGAAUACCUUGGUCAGAUAAGACAUCCAAAUCUUGUUCCCUUGACAGGAUAUUGUUUAGCUGGAGAUCAGAGGAUCGCAAUCUAUGAUUACAUGGAGACUGGAAAUUUACAGAAUUUACUUCAUGAUCUACCGCUUGGGGUUCAAACAACAGAGGAUUGGAGCACAGAUACAUGGGAUGAAGAUAAUAAUAAUGCAAUUCAAAAUGUUGGUUCUGAAGGGAUACAGACAACUUGGAGAAUUAGGCACAAGAUUGCACUAGGAACAGCACGAGCUCUGGCCUUCCUUCACCAUGGUUGCUCCCCUCCAAUAAUCCACAGAGAUGUUAAAGCUAGCAGUGUUUAUCUUGAUUCAAAUUGGGAACCGAGGCUAUCGGACUUCGGAUUGGCUAAGAUUUUUGGAAAUGGUCUAGAGCAUGAGAUGGUUCUUGGUUCACAGAGGUAUGCACCUCCAGAAUUUUCUCAGCCAGAAGCAGGUUCUCCAACACCAAAAUCAGAUGUAUAUGGAUUUGGAGUUGUUCUAUUUGAAUUGAUUACAAGGAAACAACCUAUAGGAGAUGAUUACCCUGAUGGACAAGAUUCAAAUUUGGUUAGCUGGGUGAGAACACUGGUCAGAAAGAAUCAAGGUUUAAUUGCAAUUGAUCCAAAAAUUCGAGGCAUGGGGCCAGAAACCCAAAUGGAAGAGGCUCUAAGAAUUGGGUAUUUGUGUACAGCUGACCUUCCAUCAAAGAGGCCAAGUAUGCAUCAGAUUGUAGGGCUCCUUAAAGACAUUGAGCCUGUCUAGCAUUGAUGAUGGAGAAACAAAAGAAAGCUGCUGGAUGUAUUUCUUUCCUUUUCAUGUUUUCCUCUGCUCUUUUACAAGAGUUUCCUUAUGCUUAGCAUGGGAGGAUAUGUACAGUAUCCCUGAGAUUCUGCUUUGAACUUGGAUUCCCCCCCCCCCCCCGUGUCUCCCCCUUUUUCUUUGCUUUUUCAUGUUUUUGCCCACACAUUGAUGUUAGGAUGAAAACUUAAAAUUUCACAGUAUACACAGAGUUUGAUCCUUAAGAUGUC